UUUCUCUGCUAGGUGCAGCAUGUAUGUGAGCGUGUGUGAGCCAGCAGAGCCGCCUGUGUGUUUACAUGUCAGCCUAUCAGUGCGGCCGGAUUUAGCGCAUCUGGAGAGGACGAAGGCAUUUCUCAAAUGCCCCCCCACCCCUCAAACAAGGGAUUCUCGUCUCUGCGUAUAUUCCUCCUCUUCCCCGUCCUAAUCUAGCCUGCCCUGAAAUCCUGCAUCCCUGACUCCAUGCUUUCGGAGGCAUUUUGAAUUUCCUUGGCAACAUGGAGCUGCCUGAAUUAGAAUUCUCUGCAUGACAGUCCUGGUAAGCAGUAGGAUGGUGUCAGGGGAGGCAGGAGGGCACAGAUACUUGGUGGUAUGCUGGCAGCCCAUUCUGAUCCUGAUGCUAGGCACCGUCCUUUCAGGCUCCACCACCGGCUGCCCUUCAAAAUGUGACUGCAAUGCCCAGGAACGUUCAGUUGUGUGCCAUCGACGAAGACUGGCAGCCCUUCCUGAGGGCAUCCCCACUGAGACAAGACUGUUAGACCUCAGCAAAAAUCGUUUGAAGUCACUGGGGCCUGAGGAGUUCAUUAAUUACCCUCAGCUGGAGGAGCUGCAACUCAACGAAAACACUAUUUCAUCCAUCGAGCCUGGGGCUUUCGGCAACUUGAUGAACCUUCGAACUCUAGGUUUGCGCAACAACCAGCUGAAGCUCAUUCAACUUGGGGUUUUUACAGGCCUGACCAACCUCACACAGCUGGAUAUAAGUGAGAACAAAAUUGUCAUUUUGCUUGAUAAUACGUUCCAAGARCUGUACAACCUGAGGGCUUUGGAAGUUGGUGACAAUGACCUAGUCUUCAUAUCACAUCGGUCGUUUCAUGGUCUCAGCAACCUUGAAAGCCUAGAUAUAGAGGGAUACAAACUAGCCUCAGUUCCCACUGAUGCCCUUAGCCAUCUYCAUAACCUGUUGUCACUUCGAUUACGUUAUCUGAAUGUCACUGUCGUAAGGGAUUACUCCUUUAAAAGGUUGUAUCGACUGAGAGCACUUGAAAUUUCUCAUAUGUCUGCCCUGGAAACCAUGACACCAAAAUGCUUGUUUGGACUCAACCUCACAUCAUUGUCCAUCACAAACUGUAAUCUCACUGUCAUCCCCUACGAAGCCAUCAAUCACCUCAGAUWUCUUCGGUUUUUAAAUCUAUCCUUCAACCCCAUUCAUACUGUGGAAGGGAACCAGUUGUUCAGUCUACAGAAGCUUCAGGCUUUUCAUCUAGCUGGUGGGAGAUUGGUUUCCAUUGAGCAUUACUCUUUCAGAGGACUCAAUCAUCUUCGUGUUCUUAAUGUGUCAAGCAAUAGCUUGAGCACCCUUGAGGAAUCUGUUUUUCACUCAGUGGGGAAUCUGGAAACCCUGGCUUUGUUUGACAACCCCUUAGCCUGCGACUGCCGCUUACUGUGGGUCUUCCGUCGGCGAUGGAGGCUCAACUUUAACAAACAGCAGCCCAUUUGUGCAUCACCCGAGGUUGUACAGGGAAAAGAGUUCAAAGAUUUUCCAGACAUACUCCCUCCUGAUUACUUCACCUGCCAGAAAUCAAAGAUUGUGGAUUACAAAGUACAAGAAAGCCAUGUAGAUGAAGGAACUACAGUUUAUUUUUCUUGCCAGGCUGAAGGUAAUCCAGCUCCAGUGAUAAUGUGGUUUUCCCCUAAGAAGGAAUACAUAACUACAAAGACUAUGGGGUCAAGACUUUCUGUGUCUACUGAGGGUACUCUGGAGGUGCGUUAUGCCCAAAUUCAGGACAAUGGCACCUAUGUGUGCAUUGCCAGUAAUGCAGCAGGCAAUGACACAAAAUCUGCUCACCUUUUUGUGCACAGCUACUCUCCCAAUUGGCCCCACCAGCCAAACAAGACAUUUGCUUUUAUUUCCAACCAGCCAAGCGAUGAAGGUGCUAAUGUGACUCGAGCAACAGUUCCAUUUCCAUUUGAUGUGAAAACACUUGUUGUUGCAACCACAAUGGGAUUUAUUUCUUUUCUUGGAGUGGUCCUCUUUUGUCUCAUAAUAUUAUUCCUCUGGAGUAGAGGGAAAGACAAUACCAAGUCAAGUAUUGAGGUUGAAUAUGUGCCACGAAAGGAGGAAACAGAGGAGGCCAGUCCAACUGAAGCACCUGUACAAUUCAACAUGAAAAUCAUGUGAACCCCAAAAGGAGCUUAUGUAAGAUUACAAACUGCAGCUGGGAGGCCUACUUUCCUUGUCUAAAACAUGUAAUCAGUUUAUGAGUGAUAGCACAGCAGCAAGUGCAUUUUGAAAUUAUACCCUUGACAUUUUUUUUUUUUACUUCAGGGACUAAAUCUUUCAAGCAAAUGUUUAACAAUGGUUCAGAAUACAAUAUGUGUAUGUAUUGUACAGUAUGUUAACAUGCACUCAACAACCAGAUUUGUGUAUGGAAUCAAACACAGGUUGCAUAUGAAUAAAGCACAUUACAGUACAUGAUGAAGGGGUUACUAUUGAUGAGAGUUUGAAAAUGUUUUUUAUGGAUGAAGCUGAUGGCUCUGCUCUUGACUGGAAUACAACAAUCAAAGUACACGCCCUCCCCAUACUCUUAAGAAAAUGACAUUUAUAACAUAAAUAGUAUUACUUUUAGAUAAAUCAAUAGGGAAUUGUGACCAUGGUUUUUGCUAAAUGAUCCACUUUUGAGAAAAGUUCACACACAGUUCAAAGGCAGGAGGUUUCAUAAAAAGGUUACAGAGGAAAUAAUAGAAUGUUCAGAAUGGUGUAAUAUUAGAUCUUGGAAAACAAACUUGCAUCUUCUUUGUGAAAUUUAUAAAAAAUACUUAGUGAGCAGUGGCCUUUCUGCUAUUUUCCAUUAAUAAAAAAUGUGUUAUGAUUUUC